AUGGCCGUCUUUACAAACGAGGUCGUGGAAAAACUCGUUAAUUUGUGGGAAGAAGAGGAAAGUCUCUGGAAUGUAUCUAGCGAGGCAUAUCAUAAGAAAGAAUCUAGGAACAUUUCCCUUUCUAGAAUAAAAGAAAAUCUUAAAAAAGACAUGGAGAUGGACUUUACAGUCACUCAAAUUAAUUGCAAGCUGCAGAGCCUGAGAUGUUACUAUGCCAAGGAAUUAAAGAAAAUGAGGUCAAGCAAAAAAAGUGGAUCUGGAAUUAGUGAUAUAUACACGUCAAAGUGGCCAUUUUUUGCAACCUUGGACAGCUUCCUAAGAGAACAAAUCACUCCAAGACAAUCAAUGAGCACAUUGGAUAUCAGUAAUACCUCCCAAAACAAUGAUGAAGAUGAUGAAAAAAAACGAAACCUGCCCGAGGAAGUCAUGGAGAGGGCUGUUUCUGCUUUGUCAAGCAUUCAAGAGCGAAAAACAGAUGUUGAGGAUGAGGACUCUGUAUUUGCAAAACUUAUUGCGAAUGAGCUCAGGAAAAUUAAAGAUCUCAGAAAAAAAUCUUUGUUGAAAAUAAAAAUUCAACAGUUAAUUUUUGAUACACAAUUCAGCAAUAGGGGAGAUAUAGAAAUGGUGUCCAACAAGAACAUCAUAUUUAAACCUAAUGACUCUACGGUCAACCAAUUGUUGAGUAUUACAAGUGAUUUUUAUAAAGCUGUUGAUGAAGGAAAGGAGGUUAGAGUUCUGUGA